AGCCAGUUGCGCCGUGGCGUGCGCGUCGUUGGGCGCUAGUCGCCAAAUCGAAACGCAUCUUUAGAUUCGUAUCCUAGGCUGACAAAGGGAUGUGGCUGCCACAUGUGGUACAGGUGGCACAGCUGCUUUCGCUGCUGUCGCUUGUCGCGUUCAGUGUGCGUGCAGCGAGUGGUUCGAGUAGUGUUUCUUCAGCCGCUCCGUCGGGUCAAUUGCGUCGCAUUUGGCUGGAGGAUCAUUGUAGUGCGGGCAUUUGCAGCAAUGUUGAGAUUGGACGCAAUGAUUAUGUCAUAUUGUCGCAGCAGCCGAUUGCCAAGCAGCUAAUGUUGACCUUUAUCAAUUCGAGCAUUGCCAAAAUACCGCAUUUGAUGUUCGAUACGUUUCCCGAUCUUCAAAUGCUGCGCAUGGAGAACUGUUCAUUGGAGACGUUCGAGAAGCCGCAAUUCGAGGGCGCCAGCAAUUUGAUGAGCCUCUUUUUGGGCCACAAUCGCUUGAAGGAUUUACCCAAGAAUAUAUUCCUAGGCGCCGAUAAUCUGGCAACGUUGCACUUGGAGCACAAUCUGCUGAAAGUGUUGCACAAUCACAGCUUUCAUGCGUUGAAGGAGCUCAAGCAGCUCUCCAUUGCCGACAAUCAGGUGGAGCAGCUGCCAGUCGGUAUUUUUACCGGAUUGCGCAAAUUAUUGGAUCUGGAUUUGGCUGGCAAUCGAUUGGAAGCAUUGCCACGCGGCAUUUUCGAUCGGAAUUUGAAUUUGACGCGCUUGAAUUUGGGCCGCAACUCGUUUGCGGCCUUUGAAUCGGAGCUGCUGAAGUUGCAACAGCGCCUCACGCUGCUGGAUAUCUCUGGGAAUACACUGCAAGAGCUGACUCUGAAUUUCACGCAACUCGACCAGAUUGUGGCACACAGCUGUGAUCUGCGUCGCCUGACUGUCUACGGCACAAUCAGGGAACUCGAUUUGCAUAACAAUGCACUGCGGGAGUUGCCGCAUAUUCCACAGGCCGGCAAUGUAAGCAGUCUGGACUUAUCGCAGAAUCCUCUGGGCAACCUGCAGGGCAACCCAUUGCGUCGCUUCACAUCCCUGCUGCGUCUCAAUCUGUCGUCGACCAACGCGCAUGAGUUGCCCGAGGGUCUGUUCAAGAAGCAAACCCAUUUGCAAAUGCUGGACAUAUCGGGCAACUCGAUCUACUCGCUAAAAAUCACACUCUUCGACAGCCUUAAGUCACUGCAGUAUUUUCACUUUCAGCAGAACAACUGGAAUUGUGAUUUUCUGCAGCUGCUGAUGAGCUCGUUUGUGAAGAAACGCGACAUUUCAUUUAUGGAGGAUGUUACGGCACCGGAACUGGUCGAUGAUUUUGUCGAUGGCAUUGCCUGCUGGUAUGAGAGCGAUAAAACAUCCAAGAAAUGCGAUGGCGGCUCCGCAAAUUCUGCUGCAGCUCUUGAGCUGUCCAUUGUGCGAAAUGAGAUCAAAGCAUUCACCGAGCUGGUGGAGAAGAAAUUUGUGAAGGUCUAUCGCAUGCUGGAGGAAAUGAAACUCAAACUAUAAGCAAAAUAUACGUUUAUGAAAUAAUCACAAGACGCGCUUUUUAUGUACAAGCGUGCGCAUAUUUAUUCAAAUCAAUUCAAUUAUAUUCUAUUCAAUAACCCGUAUUUAAUCGCAUUUUAAGAAAUUAUAAUAAUUGACACAAGCAAACCACUGACAAACAUUUAAGAAAGUAUGCAACUAAUAAUAAAGCGCGGUACUCUUUGAGAACCAACAAAACAAA